CGCGGGGGGAGCCCCACGCCCGGCGUGGGGGCGGGGAGCGGGCGGCGCAGGAGAGCGCCCCAGUCCGGGCGCGGGAGGAGGAGCGGGAGCCAGCCGGCGAAACGGCGCUCCUGGCCGCACCUGCCCGCACGCGGCCGGCCCAGCCUUGCCCUGCCCGCGGCCCCGGCCCCGGCCCCGCACUGGCAAGUUAACUCUGAGGCUCUUCUACUGUUUUGAGGUGUUUGUGGAAGAAGAGUGAAGGGUGAGGUGGUGGCCUGGCGGAGGGACACAUGGAAGCCACCUGCCCACUAGCCGAGGAUCGGCUAAGCCCUGGGACUAAUGCUUGCCCACGCUGCUGAGAAUGGCACGGUCGCCCAACCAGGCACCAGGACAAAGGUGAACCCAGGACACUCCUGGACAGCGAUCCUGAUGUCUGUGCUGAGCUGCGCACUGAAGGGUGUGAUAACUGGCUCCCGUGGGCGCCAUGGCUUCCGUGGAGCCCCUGACGGCGCUGUCCCGCUGGUACCUGUACGCCAUCCACGGCUACUUCUGCGAGGUGAUGUUCACGGCGGCCUGGGAGUUCGUGGUGAACUUUAACUGGAAGUUCCCCGGGGUCACGAGCGUGUGGGCGCUCUUCAUCUACGGCACCUCCAUCCUGAUCGUGGAGCGCAUGUACCUGCGCCUGCGGGCCCGCUGCCCCCUGCUGGUGCGCUGCCUCAUCUACACGCUCUGGACCUACCUGUGGGAGUUCACCACCGGCUUCAUCCUGCGCCAGUUCAACGCCUGCCCCUGGGACUACUCCCAGUUCGACUUUGACUUCAUGGGCCUCAUCACCCUGGAGUACGCCGUGCCCUGGUUCUGCGGGGCCCUCAUCAUGGAGCAGUUCAUCAUCCGGAACACCCUCCGCCUGCGCUUCGACAAGGACGCCGAGCCGGGGGAGCCCGGAGGCCCCCGCGCCCUGGCCAACGGCCACAUCAAAACUGACUGAGUGGGGGACUCGUCGGGGAGGGGCUGGGGUCUCUCAUGGACCCUGUGGAGAAAAGCACGAAGCUGGUGGAGUUGCCCCUUCUGUACAGCACAAGCCCUGCCUCACCCCAGCCUCAGCCCUGCGGGGUGCACACAGCCCCAGCCUCAGCCCGGCCUCAGCCCUAGAGGGCGCAUACAACCCCAGCCCAGCCUCAGCCCUGUGGGGUGCACACAGCCUCCAGCCCUCCACUGUGGGCUGGUGUUGGGGGCGGGCUAUCGAGGCAGCAAAGGGACUUGGGGGUUGGUCCGUGGAUCUCACCCCAGCUCAGAGGCUUCACAGGGACUAGACUGCGCGGGUGACUUUGGAAGCAGCAGGCCCUGCCCUGGCUAAGGGACUCUGCCCUGGCUAAGGGACUCUGCCCUGGCUAAGGGACUCUGCCCUGGCUAAGGGCCUCUGCCCUGGCUAAGGGACUCUGAGAAAUGGGCAAAAGGCGAGAGGCAGGUCUGAGGAGGCUUAGGGCUGCUGCCUCGGCCACCUGGUUCCUUCUCACCUGGUUUAGUUGGGCUUUGGCUGGUUCCGUUAGGCAAUAUUCAGGUGCUUGCUUGCAACCAAUACCUCCCCGGGGGCCUGCUGAGAGACUGGGCAGCCAGGAAGCUGCUUGGAGCCGUGCUAGGCUGCAGGGCUGGGAGGCCUUCCCUUGGCUCCUCUCCCUUCCCCCAGGGCCCCACGCUGCUCUCUUGGCCUCCUGGGGGCCCCCUGGUGCUGGAUUCCCACCAACCUUGGGCUUUUGGAGGUUUCAGUCCCUGUGCUUUUGGUGGCGUUUCCCCCCUUUCUCGCUUAUUUUUUAAGGCCUUUACCACUAUCAGCCCUUUAUCCAUGUCAAUCACCCACCAACUCCCACUCCCCGGCCAACACAGCAGCUGCCAGAGAUAGAACCCUGAGACACCCCACCGGCCCUCCGCAGCCUUUCCGCCACUGUUACCCCAAUCCGGUGGGCUGUGGCAGUGCCCUGGUGCUCUUCUCCAUCCAUGCCCCUCGUGGCCCAGCUAACAGUGAAUGACACGCACAACACACAGUCGGGCCAAGAUGGGCCCCACAGAUCCACAGUGGGGACCCAGAGACAGAUCAGUGUGCGUGGGGGGUGCCGUGGGGAGGGCGGUAAAGGCACGCCUGACGGCUCAUUUUCAGUCCAGUCAGGGGCAGUCUAGCAUUCUAGGGGAUGGGGGAGCAGGAUCCAGUGCUACAUGCAGAUCAUGAAGAAGGAGUGAGGGAGACCCUCCCAUCCUUGGUGGGAAGGGAUCAGUUCUGGAUCUGCCAUAGCCCCAUCCCUGCAGCAAAACCUCCUCAGGGCCCCCCCUCCCCACCCUCCCCAGCAAGACCGACACUUCGAGCUUGUUCCUCAAACAGUAUUAACCCUGCCACGCUCAUGGGCGUUGUCAUCUUGGGUGCCCAUGACAGAUCCGUUGCUGGCAGUGGACAGGUAAAAACCUCCCUCCAGCCCACUUCCGGCUCUGCCCCCACUUGCCAAGGGGAGGGUCCAUCAGAACACAGCCUUUCCCAUGGUACGUGGUCUCUACUUGACCACACUAGAACUCUUAGGUAGAAAUUAGCCUUUCCCUUUUUAUAGAACAUUAAAAAGUGAUCAUGCCACCUGUGGAGAGAAUCUCCUCUUCCUUGCUGUGUUGCUCCACCCAGAUCAUGCAGACAGCACCGGGUCAGGGCACGCGGGCGGGUGUGGGCAGGAGUGGUGUCCAGGAUUGGGAGAAGGGCGGGGAGACUCUCUGGCAGGGUUGCUCUCUGCACUUGACCUUGUCCAGGACGGGAUGAAGGGCGUUUUCCAGCCUCCGUGUCCUGGGUAGGCUCGUCACAUCCAGGCAUGAACGACAUUCUGCUGGGGCCAGCCCUGGCUUUGGUUUACCUGUGGCCCCAAUUCUGGGGCGUUGGGGCUCCUAGGGGCUUCAGGCUGCCAGUGGGGGUAGAUGGUGCUCCGUCUACAGCUGCAGGGGAGUCCAGGGGAAGAACAUUGCCUGGCUUCCCUGUUCCCUCGGGAAUCCUUUCCUUGGUCCUCCCCUCCAACUCCAUGCUAUUUCAGUCUCUCGGACCCCAACACCCUCGCAGGCCCCCAUGUGGGCUCCUAGACCCCACCACCCACCUUCGCUCUCCCCUUCCACAAUGGCAUCUGGUGGUCAGCUUGUUGAUGUCUCCCAGCGUAAGGCCUCCACAGUUCUCGGCCUGCCAAGCCCUUGGAUGGCCCACUGGAUCUGGCCUUUGCAGGUGUUGCCCUGUGGACAUGCCUUGGCACCAGCUUUUCCCUGUGCAGGAGGUUCUGGAGCAAGCCUGCCUCCCUGGCAGUGUGCAGAGCAUUGUGUUUCUGCUUCAUGACGCCCCCUGCAAAGGGAGGCAACGAGCCAGGGCUUGGCCACAGGAUCGGCAGGCUCAGUCAGAGCCCAGACCUCAACUCCUCUUUUAUUCGGUAUCUUCAGGGCCCCAGUUCCUUAGUGCCCAGGGCCUCAAGGUUUAGAGGAAGCCCAGCCCUGCCGAGCAGUGGGGGUGCUGGCGGAGAGAGUCGGCUUGCUGUGCAUGAGCCGCUGGUGUCCUGGGCCUCUCCGCUGGACAUCGCAGCAUCUCCGAGUUACAGAUCGCCAUGUGCUGCCCCGCAUGGUUGGACCGCUUCCGUGUCUGCUAGGUGACCUGUCCCUCGUGCCCUGUUCCCGCGGAUGCCAGUGAGUCGUGAUGGCAUCGCAAUGGCCUAUGCUUAUUCUCAGCAAUAAUGCCUAGGGAGUGGCCAUGAGUCCUUCUGUCCUGGUCCCUUGCCCUCUGCUUGGGUCUCCUGGAGAGGCGGCCGCUGAGUGGGUCAGUUCGUGAGAACCUGUAUCUAUGGAGCUCUGGGCUGUGCAGACGUCUGCAGGGGAUGCAGGGGCCCUGCGCUGGAGGAGCUACGGUAAGGCAGAGAGCUCCCCUGCCCCCUUGCCCCCCUGAGGCCAUCCAGACCUGGAGGAGCUGCAGGUCCUGUCUCUGAGGCAGGUGGGACUGUCUCCCAGCUCCUCAGCAGGACACACGACUGGUUUGUGCACCCACUGCCUGCUCUGUCUCCGUUAGUCUCUCUGUCUUUCUUUUCACAUCCGUGCACAUAAAAUAUACUGGUGUUUGUGUUCCAGGA